AUGAGGUCAACAGCCGUCAAGAUGCUCAAGGUCAAGCCCCUUCCCGCUUCCGCCAUCCAAUCGCUGCGACUGCCACCAUCGACGUCCGUAUCCAGAGCCAACAUCAUCACAGCAGCAGCAAAGGCACCAAAAGCAGCAUCGGUAGAUGUAGCAGCGGAGCUCGAGAAGAAGGUGCUUGCACGACAAGAGCUGGGUGACAAUGUGCGCUUCUCGAAUCAUGUCAACAAGAGGGACUUGUACUGGAAGGUCUCAAAACCCCAGCGCGACGUUCUAAAGAAGCUCCUCAAGGAGGCAUAA